AUGCCGCAACCAGCUGGUGGACGUUUGGGAGAUGCCACCAUCGUCCGCGUUUCCCGACUCCUCAAAUUGCCAACCGCCGUAACACCUAACGCUCUCACGGCCCGUACGGCACAUGGAUUGGCCAUCAAGGUAGGCGCUUUGGGCCACUUGCCCAUCGUCACUUCCCUUCUCACACUCUACUCCAAAGUUGCAUACUUUGGUGCGUCUCUGGCUUUGUUCGAUGAGGUUAACGAGAAAGAUGUGAUCCUCUGGAAUGCAAUGAUCACAGCUUCCAUUGGAAAUUGUUGUUUUUCGCACGCCGUGGAACUUUUGAUGAAGAUGAUUGAGGUAGGACAUGGUUUUGAUUCCACUACCCUGUUGCUUGUUGUUUCUUCCAUCUCCUACUUGAAGAACUUGAGCUCCGGAAUGAAUAUUCAUGGUUUGAGCAUCAAGUCUGGGAUGCUCUCGGAUCCCAAUUUGUGCAAUUCUAUAGUGGACAUGUAUGCAAAAUGUGGGGAUGUCAGCUCCUCGGAGUGUUUGUUCCGGGAGAUGAAAUAUCGAGAUGUAGUUUCUUGGAAUUCCAUGAUGACUGGAUUUCUGCGUAAUGGCUAUCCAGAGAUGACUUUGCGGUACCUCAGAGAGAUGGCUCAUUUUGGUGAAGUAGCAGAUGAUACAACUCUGUCAUGUGCCAUAUCAGCAUCUGCUUCUCUAGGCUGGAAGAGUUACGGAGAAGCUAUCCAUGCAUUGGGGUUAAAGUUAGGUUAUGACCAUGUAUGGCAUAUCUCAGUAGCUAAUUCUUUGAUUUCACUCUAUUCCCAAGCUGCAGAUACUGGGGCUGCUGAGGCUGUGUUCUCGGAAAUGCGUUCUAAAGAUAUUGUGUCAUGGAACACUCUGAUUGACGGGUUUGGUUCAAAUGGAAUGGUUUGGGAAGCAUUUUAUCGAUUCCACGAAAUGCAGUUGUCAGAGGCUGUUCACCCUGACUUGGUGACUAUGGCUUCUUUGAUUUCAGUCUGUGCCAAAUCAUUGCUAUUAAUAGAAGGUCGAACACUUCAUGGAUAUGUGAUUCGUCAACACAGAGGAUCUGAUUUGUCCAUUGCAAACAGCCUUAUAAACAUGUACUUGAAGUGCAAGCAGGUAAACAAAGCUGAGAUUUUGUUUGGUACAAUCCCAACAACGGAUCUGGUUACUUGGAAUACAAUGAUCUCUGGAUACUCUGAAAAUGGAUUCUUUAAAGAAGCUCAAUUAUCAUUCCGGGACCUGCUUCGUCAUUGGUAUUCAGGUUUCAGUUUGUCAACACUAUUGGCUAUUAUUCCUUCCUGUUCUUUUCUAGGAGGAAUCCAGUUUGGUAAAUCAAUUCACUGUUGCCACUUGAAAACAGGGUUCUCAAACAACACUAUUGCCGUGAACUCUUUGAUGCACAUGUAUAUCUCCUGUGGAGACUUCAGUGCUGCUUUAUCAUUGCUGCAGAGUAUCUAUUUGAUUGCAGAUGUUGAUAGUUGGAAUACAAUGAUCGUAGGGUGCACCCAGAACUGUCGAUUCCGUGAGGCCCUUAAAACUUUCAACUUAAUGAGGCAGGAAACCUCCAUCAACCCUGAUGCCAGUAUUUAUGUCAAUGUCAUUUCAGCUUGUGGUAAUCUUGAGUUGGCAUUGGAGGGGAAAUCUAUUCAUGCACUUUCUAUCAAAACUCCAGAAGGGUCAGAUCAACGUGUGCAGAAUUCCUUCAUUACCAUGUAUGGAAGAUGUGGGGAUAUUGAGGGUGCCAGAACUGCAUUUGUUUCAAGCUCAGAUCACAACUUGUGUUCAUGGAACUGCAUGAUCUCCGCUUUCUCUCAGAAUAAAGAUGGUAGAGGAGCAAUCGAGUUAUUCCGCUCUAUUAAUCUAGAACCUAAUGAAAUCACCAUCGUCGGUAUUCUCUCUGCCUGCACACAGAUUGGGGUACUGAGACAUGGGAAGCAAAUUCAUGCUUACACAAUAAGGAGGGGAUUCCAUAGCAACUCCUAUUUAUCUGCAGCUCUAGUGGACAUGUAUAGCAAUUGUGGAAGACUAGAUACCGGGGUCCAGGUGUUCUCAAACUCGGGGGAAAGGAAUGUCACUGCUUGGAACUCCAUGAUAUCUGCUCAUGGGAACAAUGGUGAAGGAAGAAAAGCCAUAGCUCUUUUCAACGAAAUGUUGCGUUCUGGAGUUGUAGCAAACAAAAGCACUUUUGUGAGCCUUCUUUCUGCGUGCGGCCAUUCGGGACUUGUGGAUGAAGGAAUGUACUAUUAUGGGUGCAUGUUGGAGAAAUAUGGGGUGCAGCCUACAGUAGAUCAUCAGGUCUAUAUGGUUGACAUGUUGGGUCGAUCAGGAAGGCUUGAAAAGGCUCUAGACUUUGUCAUGCAGACAGAAGCCUUAGCGGAGCCUGGGAUAUGGGGAGCUCUGCUCAGUGCCUGUAACUAUCACGGUGAUGUCGGAAUGGGAAGAGAAGUUGCAGAUGUUCUCUUCAAGUUGGAACCUCAAAAUGCCGGAUACUAUGUUUCUUUGUCGAAUAUGUAUGUUGCAGCAGGGAGAUGGAAAGAAGCGGUUGAAUUGAGAAAUAUUGUUGAAGAGAAGAAGUUAAAGAAACCAGUUGGUUAUAGUUCGAUCGAUGUCUGUUCUAUGUGA